AUGUCCUUAGAAGAAACCUUUAGCAAGUUACAGAUUAAUGCAUCUGACGAUGCAGUUGUCGUGAAGUCUUUGGUCUUCAAGCCAAAGACACCUAAAUCUCAGACACCUGUUCCGAUCGUUGUUGUUGCUUUGCACAGUACCACUACUCCAUCUGGGUUGAUUGCCAGUGUUACUUCUACGAAGGACCCAAGAUUAGCUCGUGAUGAAUUAUUCCAAAGUCAAUUUAAGAUCCAGUCUGGUAAGGAGUUCCAUUUAGGUCAUUUGGCUCAGGCUGAGGGUGCCUUCAAGUUGUUGUUGGAUCAACAAUUGGUUGCAUUGGCCGAUGAUACCGUCUUGCAAUUGAACGAUGAAAAAUUCGUUAAGAAAUCUGAUUUGAUCGGUAAGUAUUUGAACUCAUUUGAACCAUUGGAAGUUGAUUUCUCUCAGGUCGUUGAAGUUGCUAAGAAGGAGGCUUCAGCUCCAGCUCCAGCCAAGUCUGCUGCUUCUUUGGAAGAUGCUAAAUUGAUCGGUGUUACCGUUGAUAAGGCUUUAGAUUUCUCCGGUUGGUACCAGCAGAUUUUGACCAAAGGUGAAAUGUUGGAUUACUACGACGUCUCUGGUUGUUACAUCCUAAGACCAGCUUCUUACGCUAUCUGGGAACAAAUUCAAAGAUGGUUUGAUGAUAGAAUUAAGGGUUUAGGUGUACAAAACGCUUAUUUCCCAAUGUUCGUUUCAUCUCGUGUCUUGGAAAAGGAAAAAGAUCAUAUUGAAGGUUUCGCUCCUGAAGUUGCUUGGGUCACUAGAGCCGGUACCUCUGAGUUGGAUGAACCAAUUGCUAUUAGACCUACAUCUGAAACCGUCAUGUACCCAUACUAUGCCAAAUGGAUUCAAUCCUACAGAGACUUACCAAUCAAGUUAAACCAAUGGAAUUCUGUCGUUAGAUGGGAAUUCAAGCAUCCUCAACCAUUUUUGAGAACAAGAGAAUUCUUGUGGCAAGAAGGUCACACAGCUCACUUGACCAAAGAGGCUGCUGAAGAAGAAGUUAUGCAAAUCUUGGACUUCUAUGCCGGUGUUUACGAAGAACUAUUGGCUGUUCCAGUGGUUAAGGGUAGAAAGACCGAAAAGGAAAAGUUCGCUGGUGGUGAUUUCACUACCACUUGUGAAGGUUACAUUCCUCAAACUGGUCGUGGUAUUCAAGGUGCUACUUCUCACCAUCUUGGUCAAAACUUCUCUAAAAUGUUUAACAUUAGUGUUGAAAACCCAUUGGGCUCAGAACAUCCAAAAAUUUUCGCAUAUCAAAACUCUUGGGGUCUAUCCACAAGAGUUAUCGGUGUCAUGGUCAUGAUCCACUCUGAUAACAAGGGUUUGGUGAUCCCACCAAGAGUUUCUCAAUUCCAAUCUGUGGUCCUUCCUGUCGGUAUCACUACUAAGACCUCUGAUGAACAAAGAGCAAAGAUCCAUGAAAAUGCCAGAGCCAUCGAAUCUAGAUUGAAGAAGGCUGGUAUCAGAGCCUUUGGUGAUUACAACGAUAACUACACUCCAGGUUGGAAGUUCUCUCAAUACGAAUUGAAGGGUAUUCCAUUACGUAUUGAGCUUGGUCCAAAGGAUUUGGAAAAGGAACAAGUUACUUGUGUUAGGAGAAACGAUGGUAAGAAGAUUGUUGUUUCUCUUAACGAUUUGGAAAAGAGAAUCCCAGAAAUCUUAGAAGAAUUACAACAAGAUUUGUUCAACAAGGCUAAGGAAUUAUUCGACACUCAUAGAGUCAUUGUUGAUGAAUGGAAGGAUUUCGUUCCAGCUUUGAACAAGAAGAACGUUAUCUUGUCCCCAUGGUGUGGUGUCGAAGAAUGUGAAGAAGAUAUUAAAGAUGCUUCUGCUAAGAAGGAUGACGGUGAAGAGAUUGAAGUCGAUGAUAAGUCCCCAUCUAUGGGUGCUAAAUCCUUAUGUAUUCCAUUCAACCAACCAACUCUAAAACCUGGUCAAAAGUGUGUCAAAUGUACUCGUCUUGCUAAAACUUACUGUAUGUUCGGACGUUCCUACUAG